AUGGCGGAGGCGGACAAGGAUCGACGAUCUCGUAUGGCCAUAUCGACAGUUCAUGCUCCUCCAAAGAAGGGUGGAGCUGGUGGAGCAUUUACUUGGGGGUCGCCGACGGAUGGCUCCAUGGACUUUGAUGCCAGCCGUGUGCAGCAACCGGUGAAGGUGGUUACUGCAGCAGCAGCUCCUGUACAAGUUCAGGCUGCAGCGGCUCCUUUCGCUGCCAACUUGGCCAGUGCGCAGCAGUUCCCCUCCUUGGGAACUCGGACUGUGCAAGCGCCUGCUACCGCAUGGAACCGACCGCUCUACCAGACCGCUCCGGCCACAGCAAUGCCCAGCCCGGUCCCGGUCACCAUGACAAGCCCGACACCUGCGCCGAUGGUCCAAGCAGCUUCUGCCCCGCAGCCAGUGACUCGAGUCAUCGCAGGCGCUGCCCCAACAGCCUACACGGCACAAGCAUCUUAUCCAUCAGUGUCCUACCCCUACGCCGCUCCGGCUCCGGUCAGAACUCCCGGAGCUCCGGUUGUGCGGACCGCCGUCAUCCCUGAAAAGGAUAGGCGUUCCCGCAUGGCUAUCUCCACAAUCAACCAGGCGCCCAAGAAGGGAGGCGCAGGAGGGUCCUACACGUGGGGCACUGCGGGUGACGUUCAGGACUAUGACCCGGCCCCGGUGACCGAGAGCAAGGUGACCAUUGCCCCUGCUCAAGUCAUGGCGCAGUCAGGCCCCGUCAGUCCCUUCACUGCCAACCUGUCCAGUUCGCAGCAGUUCCCUUCUUUGAGCUCCAACACCCCGGCGGCAUCCCAGACAGUCUGGCACACCCAGCCAGCCGCCAUCAAAGAAGCACCGGCCCAGGCCUCCUUACCCGCGACAUCUUCCCCAGCCCUGGCUCCUUCCCCAGCACCUGCGUACGCAGCCUAUGCUUCUUCCCCAUCGCCUGCCUACACUCCUUCCCCAGCACCCGGCGUCGCCCCGGCAUCAGGCUCCCCAGUCUUAACUCCGGCCCCAGUGCCGACUCCGGCUCCGGUCACCUCCCUGGAAACGCCCGAGGAAGUGCCAGCCGCAACUGCCGGAGCAACGGCCGGAACGCAGAAACCCAGCGAGAAAUCCGAGAAGUCCAAUUGCUCCAUCCAGUGA